AUGGCCGAUUCACAUUCCAACUCAUCAGCAGUCGAGCUGUUGAUAUAUUAUGAUGACUCCGAUGUUGAGACUUCGGACACGAUAUCCAAUAUAAGGAAUCUUUUCUUCGGGGUGUCGGUCUUCGAAGUCCGAGCGGGGGUGGUCCUGGGUGACGUCGAAUUCCACAGCUCAUCUUACGAUUCACAAGCCACGCUUACAUUGUCCAACUGUGCGCUCACACCCUCUGAAUAUCUCAGAGGCAACGAGGGCGACUGCGCGACCAUCUGUUCCGACCCAACCACGUCGAUGUUGCCAUGGAAUAUGCAGACAUGUUACUCGCUGGGCGUAGCUGCAAUGUUAGUACAGAACGGGAGUCUCACGGUCAACUCGUCAGGAUCAGACAAUUCUCAAGAGCAGUUUCGGUAUGGGAAUUUUUCUGAUUGGGACGGCACCAAGAUCAUCUCUGAUUUUGUCCAUUGCAUCACGUCAUCGUGCACGACAUCCAAUAUUUCGCCUUGCAAGAACAGAACGUUGGCAAUGGAGGAUUACAGCGUCACCGCCGGUAACCUGGACAUGAUACAGUCAGGGAUGAGCGCAUUUUGUUCGUACGGGGUCGAGAUCAACGCUGAUAUCGCUGGACCCGGCGUAAUGACCUCCUACCUCCUGCAGAUCUGCGCAGUCAUCUUCUUCUGGGUCCUCUUCAUUGCGCUCACUAAAUUGGCCUGGAUUUUGAUCUGGCCAAUCUUUUUCCGUCUGAAGACAGGGGAUGCAGAGCACUCCCAAAUCGAUCCAUUAAUCACCGUACCAUCAAGCGCGAGGCUGAUCGGCCCCCGCAUACAGGAAGCCUGGGCACGAGCUUCAGACAUACAGGGGCGCCUGUCCAGAGGGCGCCUUUACCAGGCGACGUUCAAGAUCCUCAAAGAGUUCCAAGAAGUCCAGAUCUUUUUCAUUGGAGCGAUUCAGAUAGCCACCUUGGCCACCUUCAAGCCGAAAAGCUCGGACUCGUCAGAUGCCAACUCGGCCAAGAGCUUCGGGGCGGCGGUGAUGGACAGCCAGCUCGUGCAGAUCCUGGCGGUCAACAGCAUCAUACCGCUGCUGCUUUUGCAGAGUAUGAUCCAGCGAGGUACAAGGGAAGAGCUAGUCAAGCAGCACAGGAGGUACCAGCGGUCGCCCCUUGCCUGGUAUACCUUCUUCCUCGUCUGGAUCACGGUCAUUUUAUCCACCGUCGUACACGCGAGGAGAAACGAGCUCAUUGCUCACUACGAGGACCUAUUCAAUAGAUUCAAGAAAAAUACUGCCGUGGAUGCAUGUGGGUCUAAUCCAAACCCCAUGGUGUACUGCAACGUGGACAACGACCUUGUCACUCGCUUCAACGCGGGCAUCGACAUCAUCUAUACCUCAAUUUCGCUCUUGACCAUCGACUUCUUGGCAUUUCAGGUCCCGAACUGGCAGCAAUGGCAUGUCUUGCAGAAAAUGAAGGGCGCGAUGAACCCGACCCAAGCCCAAGUGUUUGAGCAAUUCAGAACAAACUACUGGCCCUUGUUCACCAAAGCCAUCUGGUUCCUGCUAGAGUCCGCUCUCCUUGCCAGUUCGGCCCUCUAUCUCUCCGAUAUGCUCACCAUCACCCACUUGAUGAACGGUGGCGAAAACUCCUGGGGUGCCGCAAAUUCAUGGGGGUCAUGGUCCUUUGGGCAGCUCAUCGCUGUCAUGGUGUGGGUGCCGACUCUUUUCAAGCUCAUUUUCUACCUGAAGUUCGGAGUCGAAGAGGAUGACAGGAGCGACGUUGGUAGUGCCGAGCACACAGCUAUUGAGUUCGACCCGCUACAGGGGCCCGUCACAAGUGGUUGGACAGCUGAUAAGCCGGGAUUUUCGAUGAGCAGUCAAGUCGCUCUUCUAAAGCGUACCCCAGAUUCAAGGGGGUAUUGA